UUGUUUCACAUACUGUUAUCGUUGCCAGCGAGGGACACCAUACAUGCCAUACGUGAAUUUCUGCAUAGUACCACAAGCAAGUCAGGAAGAUCGACUUCACUCGUUCAAAAGCUAUUCUGAUGUAGCGAUGUUUCAUUAUACUGUUCCAAAAGAAGUAGAACAAGCUACAUGGCAAUUUGCUGCAUUCAUGGAUAAUCCUAUAUGCCAACCACGGAAAGUUUAUAUACACUUGAAAUUUGGUAGUUAUCCAAUAAUAUCUACAAAUAACAGAACGUUUUUAACAAAUAUGUAUGUUACACAUGAUGAUAGUAUCAUAGUCACUGCUACUACAAUUUACGAACAAAAUAACGCAACCAUUGUUCCGAUUUAUGGACCGCAGUCCGGUGAUUGGUUCGUAGCAGCUUAUAUGUCUUAUUGGAACGAGAGGAUACAACAACAGGGUUUCGGACACAAAUGUCAAUACAGUAUAGGUACAAUAGCAUUAUGGUCACAAAAAGAUAAUAUCGAGAGUAUUUCCGUUGGUUAUAAGAUGAUAUUGCGGACAAGUGCAAGGGAAUCAUAUUACAAAAUAUAUAUUCCGUCAGGAAUAUGGAACUUCCGUUUAUCAGUCUGGAAUUGCACUUUUGUGUUACACAACUUGUACGAUAUUCGCAAGCCUUGUAUCGAAGCUAUAUCUUUAAAAGGACGUAUUUUACCAAUAUUUAACUAUUCUCAUCCCAUGGAAUUCAAAAAUCUGACCACAAAUGCUAGUUACACUUUCACAGAAUUUUCUCCUUAUGAAGAUAGCUAUUACUAUUUAUUGAUUGUCUCAAGCAGCGUUAUAGAAUUUAACGUCAAGGUUCAAGUUUCAGAAUGUCCAAUUAGAUUGACUAAUAAAUCUUUUAUGAGAGAAUCCACCGAUACUGCAUUGAGUCUUAAUUCAGCAAGGGAAUUAAAUAUUAAUGAAUAUAAAUGGUAUUAUAAAGGGAACAAUAUUAGUAGAUCUUAUAACAAAAUAUUUUAUCGGAGAAAUGAGGAACAUGAGACUGAUAAUUCAUGUAUGCCAAGACAUCAAUUGGUUCGUGUUAAACACGCAGAGACAUUUUCAGCUACCUAUCUCUUACAGGAAAAAGAAUGGUUAAGUUCACGAUUAGUGCUAAUCGGUUCAAUCCCUGUAAUGACGCAAUUUGAUAUUUUGCCAUUAAUAGAUAUUGGUGGCACACUGGAUGUUAGUGUACAUUUGGAAAUAGACAAGUUUCAGAAGUGGAAUACGCGUGCCCUAAGAAAAACGCGUCCUGUGUUACGUGUACGAGGAACAAUUGUUCUCUGCGUGAAAGCAAGUACGCGACGAAUUAAUACCUUGCGAGUAACCGUUUGCUGUGUGGUACGAGUGAUUCUGUUCGUGAUUGUCGAUAAAAUAGUGAACGUAAUGAAUCCUUCGGCCUGCAGUAUCGCGCAAUUGAAGGAAUUUCUGCGAGAAAGGAACCUUCCAACAACGGAUAACAAGACCGAUUUAAUAUUGCGGCUGAAGGAAAACGACCCGGGUAUGUGGGAGGAUGAGCGUCAGGACACCAGUGCAGAAGGACCACAAGAUCUCGACGACGUUACAAACGCAGAAAUGCAAAGAAGUGUGACGCGUGAGGAAGACUCUGUCGUAAACCGCGAGUUCGAACUCAUUAGACGCGAAAGAGAUCUGCUUCGGCGUGAACUUGAGUUAGUAAGACGCGAAGUCGAGCUGAGGGCCGAUACGUCGGUUGCCAGUGUUAGAAGCCCUGUCAUAAGUGAGAGUGGGACCAACAACGUGAAGGGACUCAAGGAUCUGCUGAAUGAAUUCGAAUUGUGGAGUCUCGCGGGUUGCUGUCUCCACGCGAGGAGCAACACCAGGACUCUUUGCUCCCUCGGCCGGGCUAUCGCCCUUGUGACGGCGCUCGAAAAGCGUCACGUAACAGUUAUCGACGGAGUACCCGAUCCAUGGUUACGUGACCAAGCAAGGCUACAACGAUUCAAAGAUGCGGCUGACUUAGUAGAAGCGUUCGAGAACGUUACUUUGAGAAGCCAGAUGAAAACCGAACGAAAUUCCGUGGGAACCAGCCAGCAGAGGCCUAAGAAAGAGACGAAACUGGCUACAUCUGAGCGUACCGAACUGAACCUAACGUCGAGAGGAUUGAGGUGUUUCAACUGCAAGGAGAAGGGACAUCGUAUGGCAAAUUGUACGAAACCGCGUGGUGCUACGAACAAAGUUGUGGACGAUCGAGCUAGUGACUCGGCGGAAGAAUCAAGUAAGGCGUCGGUUGAAAUGAAUCUCACUCAACCGUCUGUCGGAAUCGAGCCAUUUACGGUACCCGUAUCUUAUACUGUUUUGCAUAACAAAGGUAAUACGGACCUAUUUUCUUGUACAGUGAUUAUCGAUACCAGGUCACCGAUAAGCUUAAUCAAACCGGACUACGUGCCUGUUAAUUGUCGCACUCCCGUCGCGAAAGAUGACUUCCGAUUUAAUGGCAUCAAUGAUUCAAAUCGAAAUAUUAGGAUUCAAUUUUUCGUUGUGCCAGAUAGGACGAUAAACGGUACUGCGUUAUUAGGCAGAGAUUUUACUUCCGAUCCGGCGGUAAAGGUAGUAAUUGAACAAACACUUAAAAUUUUGCAGAACCAGACCGACUCAUCGAAAAACGCGAAUGAUUUCAUCGAUCAAAUCAUGCAUAUAGAUUGCGCCGACCGAUUGUUUGACGGGUUAGAUUUAAAUAUCGAUACGACUACAAGAUUAGAUUUAACUAUAGAUAAGCCUAUGAUAAUGGUGUAA